AUGAAAUGCGUGCUUGGAGUUACAACAUCCUCUUCUCUUGCCAUUCGAUACAUUGGCAACUAUGACGUGAAUGCGGAGGGAAAGUUCUUAUUUGAAAUCCUAUGUCAAUUAAGAAAGUUGGGCGUCGGACGCAUCGUCACGAAAAACGAAUGGGGACGGAAGUGGCCUACACAACCCUCUUACAUCAAAAUAAUCAGAGCUCAACCUGCUAUGGAUAGAUGGUUGUUUGGCGGCAAAGUUUGGGGUGAAUGGACUCUUCGAGGGCGAAAUCUAGGCGUUUACGAAUUUGCACACGAUCUCAAUCGAUCUGAUUGGAGACUUAUUCAUAAACAUGAAGAAAAAGAGUUCAUUGAAUGUAAAGAGCUGAUGGGCGACAUAAUCUUACCGAACUCGUUUCCAAUUCCUCCUCUUCAGAAUUUACUGGCUAAGAAAGCAUGCGAAAAAGCCGGCGUUCCAUAUCGUGAAGAACAGAAGAGAGCACCACUAACGUUAUGUAUUGAUCCUGAAUUCGAAAUGCUUAAACCUUUCAUUAAACAAGCCGAACCAUCUAAAAAAGGUACGUCCAUAUAUGAAGAAGUGGAUCCCAAGGUCCUUCUGGAUUUGUACGGGAAAGAACUGCCAGUCAAGGUAGAAGCAUGGAAUGUUGGUCCUGCCACUUUCAAGCCGCAUUUUUCUCCCUCUGACGAUGUCAAAGUGGAUAAAUUGUUCAAUCAAUAG